AUGGCUUCGGCUGGAGGAGGCAACUGCGCCGUCAUCACACCAGAGGUGGACCACCCUCAGAAGCAGCCUUUCCUAAUUGGGGUGAGUGGAGGCACUGCAAAUGGGAAGUCAACCGUGUGUAAGAAGAUCAUGGAAUUGCUGGGACAGAACAAAAUAGACCACCUUGAGCAACAAAAGUUGGUCAUCUUAAGCCGAGACAGGUUCUAUAAGGUCCUGAUGGCAGAACAGAAGGUGAAGGCCUUGAAGAAACAGUACAAUUUCGACCACCCAGAUGCUUUUGAUAAUGACUUGAUGCACGGGACACUGAAAAACAUUGUGGAGGGCAAAACUGUUGAGGUCUCCACCUAUGAUUUGGUGACCCACUCUAGGUUACUGGAGACAACAGUGGCCUACCCUGUGGACAUUGUUCUCUCUGAAGGCAUCUUGGUGUUCUACAGCCAGGAGAUCAGGGACAUGUUCCACCUGUGCCUCUUUGUGGACACCAACUUUGAUGUCAGGCUGUCACGAAGGGUUCUCCAGGACGUGCACUGCAGGAGGGACCGGCAGAUUCUAACACAGUACACCACCUUCAUCAAGCCAGCCUCUGAGGAGUUCUGCCUGCCAACAAAGAAGUAUGUCAUCGUGAUCAUCCCUCGGGGAACUGACAAUAUGGCUGCGAUCAACCUGAUCAUGCAGCACAUCCAGGACAUUCUGAACAGUGACAUCUGCAAAUGGCACCGAGGAGGGUCCAAUGGCCAGAGCUGCAAGAGGACGUUUUCUGAGCCCAGAGACCAUCCUGGGGUGCUGACGUCUGGCAAACGGUCCCAGUUAGAGUCCAGCAGCAGACCCCACUGA